CAGUAGUUAUUUAGACAUCCCUCUUUAAGCAAAUACAGAUGUAACAGCAGUCCAAGAGAAAAGUAUCUUCUUUUAUAGAACUGCAUCCACUCAUGGCAGAUCAGUUAAGCAUCGGUGUAUCUUGUCUCUAUUUUAAUAAAAAACAUUUUUUUAAAGCAUUGAACUCUAUCUGCCUACACACUCCACACAUUGACAGCCUCAUUAGACUUUACAUGCAUACAUCAGUUUCUCUAAUUGUUUUUUCUUUCAGAUCAAGUCCGCUUCUAUCUGUUUCUCACUUACUGCAACUAAAAUAUGACAGACUCUGGAGUUGCACUCAAAAGAUGAGGGAACAAGGCCACACACACAAUAGACUACAUAAAGCAAUGGCGUCAUUCAGUCAGCCAAAUGCGGAGGAGUUUUUCAGGCUUUUCAAAAACUCUGCAUGCUUUUUUUCCUCUCUUGCUCUUAAUAAAUACAGUCUGACCAAGUCUGGCAUAGACAAAAAUGGUUUGGGAUAGAUUAAGCCUUCAUCUGCAUUCUGCCUACCUAUUUUAUUCAGGGCAAAGCAUGGAGCUUGCUAUGUAUGUAACCAUUUUUUCCCUACAUACGGAUUUCAGUUUGACAAACAAAGAGAACGAAAAAAAAAAACAACCUUGUACUGAUGGAAUCUAAUAAAGGGGCUUAUAUAAUGAAUUAGAUAACCAAAGCAGCUUUCUCACAUCUUUCUUGUCAAGUACCAUUUUGACGAGCCACCUACAUGGUCAUCACAACAAACAUCUUCAUGUCAGUCUUUGCCUGUCUUUGUAUGAGGGGCAUGGUGUGCCAGCAUAUUGAUUUAAAUAACACAAUAAUCCAGAAUGAUAAACAUAGCUAGCAAUGAAUGAAAGCCAGAAGCCUGUAUGCAUGAUUUGAUUUAGUGGCAGCUGUUUUUAAUUUUUAUUUUAGUCAUUAUUAUUAUUGGAAAACUGAUGAACUCAGAAUGUACGUUCCUGACCCUCUUAACUUGUGCCCCACAGACGGCUGACCAUUUACAGAUGAUCCUCUAAACUGCAAAGCCAGCUGCCUCUCUCUAACAGCACAUGGCCAUGGAGGACUCCACAGAGGUGCGGACUGAUGGCAACUCCCUCCUAAAGGCCGUCUAUCUUUGCCGUUUGCGACUUACACGACUACUCUUAGAGGGCGGGGCUUAUAUUAAUGAGAGUAAUGAGCGUGGAGAGACACCUCUGAUGAUUGCCUGCAAGACUCAUCACACUGACGCUCAGAGUGUGCCAAAACCCAAGAUGGUCAGGUAUCUUCUGGAGAAUGGCGCUGACCCAAAUAUCCAGGACAAGUCUGGUAAGACAGCACUGAUGCAUGCCUGUUUGGACCGGGCUGGAGAGGAGGUUCUAACCCAGCUGCUGUCUAGUGGAGCUGACCCAAGUUUAGAAGAUCACACUGGUUCCUCUGCGCUGGUGUAUGCUGUUAAUGCUGGAGACAAGGAUGCUCUUCGAGUAUUACUGGAUGCUUGUAAGGCGAGAGGCAAGGAGGUCAUCAUCAUCACCACAGACAAACUACCUUCUGGUAGGCAAAUGACCAAGCAGUACCUGAAUGUCCCUCCUCCACCAGAUUUAGAGGAUCGCUUGUAUUGCGCCCCCACUGCAUGCAUGUCACCCUCCGAGAUUCAAUUCUGCACUCCUCGUGUUUCCCCCCUUUCAAGCCAGUCAGAGAACGCCCUUUUAAACCUAAGGGAGAACAAUGGAAUGGGUUCUACCCCAACAACAUCAACUUCUAGUUCAAAGCCAGGGUCUCCCACACAUGACCCAAGUCCACUGCGAUCCACUGGUGUGGCCAAGCUUCUGCACCUCCAAAGGCUCCACUCAGAACCUUGGCUAAAGAUACCUCCAUCCCUGUUGCUGCAGCAAAGCAAGGCCUCCUCCCUGACUGAGGAGCUCCUGGAUAUCACUCCAGAAGAGGAGCUCUCAUUUGGUUUCAGCCAUCGUCCCUUGCUUCAAAGAGCACCUCCUGUCGCUCGUCAUCAAAGCAUUGAUGUCAAAGAUGCCACUGGUUUGCUACGAGCUUUGGAAGAAGCAUCCGUGUCAGAAAGGGAACAAGUAAAGGAAGUGAAAUGGCUCAGCAGGAAAAUGUCCUACGAUGGUGUUUCACUGCCACACUCCUCAUCACACCAGAACCUUCUUAAAGAGGCUUCAGCCACUGAACCCAUUCCUGUGGAUAAAGAACUAGACUGCCUGCCCAAUCUGGCUGUGUCUAGCCUGCGGAAUGUGGUCCGCCGGCGCAACAUUGGCAUGGACCACUACAGCUCAGACUCACAGCUUCCUCAGUUUGGGAGCCAGCACUCAGACGAGGUUGGCAAGGCUGGAGCCACAGGAGGAGGGGGAACAGGGGCAACAGAGAAACGUAAGCUGGUAUCCAGCCGAUCCUCUACCUUGUCUGGCUCCAGGGAAUCUCUGGAGAGCAUUGUCCAGCGGAGGAGCCCGGCAAUGAUGGAACGAAGAGGUUCUGGGGCUCUUCUGCUGGAUCACAUCUCUCAGACUCGACCAGGCUACCUGCCACCACUAAACCCUCAUGCUCCCAUCCCAGAUAUCAAAGCUAACACCACCUCCACCACCACUGGCUCUGCUAGUAUAAUCAAGCCUGGGACUGCCACUGGAGCCAUGACUGGGACCAUACCCAUUGUUCCUGGUUCAAGGCAUUUUGUGCCUUGCGCCCCCAGCUUUCCCCGAGAUCUGAAGGCCAAGAAGACUCUGUUAAGAAGACACUCCAUGCAAACAGAGCAGAUGAAGCGUCUGGUCAACUUUGAGGAGAUCUUUGGACAGUAAAUGUGUAUGGCUGACAUAAGGUCCACACAGUUAUGAAGUAAAUGAUCCAUCAAUGUUUAUUCUGAUUAUAGACAAUAUAAAAAUGUACUUAAAUAUGAUGCCAACCAUUUCAAAUGAGACAUUGGUUAAAAAUUCACUUUGAAAACUGUACUUUACAGUAAAAAUACAACAUAAUGUCACAACCAAACCACUCAUAUUUGAGUAAUAAGGUUGAUGUCUAUAAUAAUAAUGUAUAUCCCAGAUAUAUUUUAUUUAGUAACAUUGCACCUUUUACUUCAGUUGUGUUUUGUUGAUGUGUGGUCAUUCUAUAGUGCCCUAAAUAGUGUACCUGAAUGCCGUAUCCAUCUUCACAAAUAAAAACCAAGACAAUGUAACCUGUGUUCAUCUACUGCCAAUACAAGGUCAGAAUGUGGUAGUAUGUCCAGGCACUGUCAACCACAUUUUGUGGAUUAUUAAAAUGCUUAUAGUAAAGCAAAACAUCCAAAA